AGUCGAAACUUGUUUGUCCAUACUCAAAAUUAAGUGAAAUUCGUUGAAUUUUCCCCUCUUUUCGUGCUUAGUUGUGGAUAGACAAUAUCGGUCUCCCUCCCUACAGUCAAAAGAACAAAUUUCCUGGAACUUGCUUGGCGAUUCCAAGCAAAUCAUUUGACCCGGCAGAAAGAUGUUAUGCAUCGAUCCAAGAACAAAUGCUUCAGACAAAAUCAUUCGACAUUUUUCUUGGUCAAUGCAUAAGACUUUGGAAAAUAAGGUUGUGAUCGCCAGACUUCCACAUGAAAGGGAGAGACAUAAAUCUUAAAACAAGAGGAAACAUGCAAGCAUUGUCUAAAUAAAGAUCAUCAUGUUGACUCCAACUCUGAAUGCAAUUUUCACGGCCGCGUUCGCAAGCCUGUUCAUCUCGAUUCGCUGCGACAAUCCGUUGCCAAGAGAUGUCGCUCUGUUCAUCUUUGGGGACUCCAUCAACGAUGCAGGAACCAACAAGUACAUCAACACCACUGUGAACUUCAGAGCCAAUUUCUUUCCCUAUGGAGAGACUUUCUUCCAUUAUCCCACCGGCAGAUUCUCCAAUGGCCGUCUUAUUGCUGAUUUUAUCGCUGAAUAUGCAAAGCUGCCGCUGAUUCCGCCAUAUCUCCAAAUGAAAGAUGAUGAAUUCAUGGGAGGGGCGAAUUUUGCAUCUGCUGGAGCUGGUGCUUUGAGUGACACUUACGAAGGAUUCGUGGUAAGUUUCAUGAUGCAGCUAAAGCAGUUUGAGAAGCUAGAGAAGAAGUUGAGCAAGAGAUUAGGGAAUGAGGAGGCGAAGAAGGUGAUUGCGGAGGCUGUUUAUUUGAUUAGCAUCAGAAACAACGAUUACUUGACGCUGAUACAUCGCAAUCUCACUCCGUUUCAGCCCUCUUCGAUGGAAGAAUACGUAGGGAUGGUGAUCGGAAACAUCACCACCGUGCUCGAGGGGAUUUAUAAAGCUGGAGGAAGGAAAUUUGGAAUGAUUGGGAUUAAAAAUAUUGGGUGCCUCCCAUCCCUGAGAAAAUCAACCGGGAACGGUUCUUGCUUAAGGAUUGCCAAUGUGCUUGCAAAGCUUCACGACAUAGAUCUGAUAUCAAUUCUCAAGAAGCUGGAGGCUCAGCUACAAGGAUUCAAGUACUCCUACUUUGACUUCUACACUUCAGCCCGGGAUAGAAUCCGAAACCCAUCGAAAUACGGCUUCAAGGAGGGAAAAAUGGCAUGUUGCGGUUCGGGUCCAUUUAGGGGGAAUCCGAGCUGCGGAGGCAAGAGAGGAGUGAAAGAAUAUUCGUUGUGCCGUCGUCCCGAGAAAUUUUUGUUCUUUGAUAACCAUCCGACCGAGAGGGCCAAUCAACAGUAUGCUCAAUUGAUGUGGAACGGAAGUUCAAGCAUAACCGGGCCAUAUAAUGUAGAAGAGUUGUUCAAACUUGGGCGAGCUUAGAACUUUUUCUUGGGCCCUUGAGGAAAUAAAGGUACUUGAGUGCUGAUAGUUGAACUAA